ACUUUUAGCCACCGGUCUUUUUUCAUCGACCACACCUAAAAAAUGAUGAUUUUUUUUUCUUCUUCUGUUUCUUUGGCUUGGAAUUUCUCAACCCACACUUGCUGUUUUUCUUUGCAGCUCACCCUAUCCUAAAAAGAGGCACAUAAAAUUCAUCAUAAUAUAUAUAAAUGUUGUAUUUGUACUUUUUGGGCAUAAAUUUGGAGGUUCGUAUAAAGUGAAGCAGUGUCCUGUGACUAAUAUAGCUUGGGAGCAGAAGAGUCAUGACAAUUGCUGAUGAAUCUGGGGUUGCUGUGAACGUGAGGCAUGAGGGGAAGAGUAUAGCGAUUCUAGUUUGUUGGGUUCUGGGAUUGGGUUCCCUUGUUUCUUGGAAUAGUAUGCUCACCAUUGCAGACUACUAUUAUGCAUUAUUUCCAGACUACCAUCCUUCUCGGGUACUUACCCUUGUUUAUCAACCCUUCGCUGUUGGGACAAUGGCAAUACUAGCAUACAAUGAGGCCAAAAUCAAUACCAGAAAGAGGAAUUUGUUUGGUUACACCCUCUUCUUCACAAGUACCUUCCUCCUCAUAGUUGUUGACUUGGCCACAAGCGGGAGGGGAGGAGUUGGGCCUUAUGUAGGAAUAUGUGUACUCGUUGCUGCCUUUGGGAUUGCAGAUGCACAUGUUCAAGGUGGAAUGGUGGGAGACCUGGCUUUCAUGCUACCCGAAUUCAUGCAGUCAUUUUUUGCUGGAUUGGCUGGAUCAGGUGUUCUGACCUCUGUCUUGAGGUUAGUCACUAAAGCAGCCAUGGAAAAAACUGAGCAUGGCCUUCGCAAAGGAACUUUGUUAUUUUUAGCAAUCGCCAGCUUCUUCGAGUUCCUGUGCAUUCUUUUAUACGCAUUUGUGUUCCCUAAACUGCCAAUUGUGAGGUACUUCCGCAAGAAAGCAGCCUCAGAAGGAUCAAAAACUGUGGCAGCUGAUCUCGCAGCUGCUGGAGAUGACCAGGAAAUUGAUCGAGAUGAAUCCAAAUUCUCACAACGUUUGAGCAAUAAGCAACUAAUCUUACAGAACAUCGAUUACGCGCUGGACUUGUUCCUAAUUUAUGUGUUGACUUUGUCCAUUUUUCCUGGUUUCUUGUAUGAAAAUACCGGAACACACAACUUGGGAUCAUGGUAUCCACUUGUACUAGUGGCAAUGUACAACUUGUUGGACUUCAUAUCGAGAUACAUUCCUCUUGUGAAGUGUUUGAAAAUGGAAUCGAGGAAGGGAAUUUUGAUUGCUGUUGUUAGUCGAUUCUUGUUCGUUCCUGCGUUUUAUUUCACUGCAAAAUAUGGUGACCAGGGAUGGAUGAUAAUGCUCAUCUCUUUGUUGGGGUUAACCAAUGGUUACCUCACUGUUUGUGUUCUUACUGCAGCACCUAAAGGUUACAAGGGACCUGAGCAAAAUGCUUUGGGAAAUAUUCUUGUGGUGUUUCUUCUUGGAGGAAUAUUUUCAGGUGUUGCGCUUGAUUGGUUAUGGAUCAUUGGCAAUGGCUCAUUCUAAGGAGAGCAUAAUUAAGUGUUUUCUAGACAAAAUUGUACAUGAUCUAGCAUAAACUGGGAAACACUUGGUGGGUAGUAGUAGUCGAAGUUUCAAGUUUUAGUUAAGGCAUCUAUUGUUUGUGGUAUGUUUUUCAUUAAUCUUACAAGGAAUGUAGUGAUUUCAAUAAUUUCAAGCUUGAUUACCAUA